CCUACAAUCUGCUCCAAACUAAAUGAGUGGUUCCCAAGGGCAGAACCAUUGUCUUAGCUUGAAAGUUGUCUUUCUAUCUAUUGUCUUCCGGUUCUUUGCCUCCAUCCAUCUCCAUCUUUUCCUAUUGUGCAACAUCUUGUAAGUGCGACCAUUAAAGCCGUAAUCGCAGUGAUUUCUCUUCUCCCAUCGGCAUUUUGGGAAUUCUGAGGUCUGAGGCAGUGCUCAGGGCGCCCGGACAAAUCCAGACUUCGUUGGUUUUUUGGGGCUUCAAAUUGACAUUUCUGAUCUAACUUUAGACCUUCUUUCAUUCUUUUUUGCUGAGAGUAACUAUAUUAUACACGGGGUGCUGAAAUGGACGGUUUUUAUGAACACUCCACCCAAAAUUGCUUCUCUUUGGGGCUGGAAUGGGUCCAAAGGAGGGCUCAGGUCAUAGGAAAAGUACAGGUGCACACUUUUUCCUCUCCAUCUUCUUCGCAUCAUUCGAAACUCAUCCAAAAUGAGCCAGUUUUCUUCGCAAUUAUCCAGCUCGAUGUUACCCGAGGAACUGCUGGAUCCAGAGGUUCAAGCUGAAAUUAAUCGGGGCUUGGGUUCCCAAGAAAUGCAGUUGCUGUGCAACCUUCUGCCCUGCUGUUCUGAAGAGCCUCAAGAUUGGUCAUCACCGUUCGAUGUUCCUGAUCCGGAGCCAGUAGUUGAGACAAAGGCAGCAGUGGAUAGUAUUGAGCCUUUGAUCAGACCCAGUCGGGCCAGCGAGAUCAUGUGUACAGAUGAUCAUCAAGGGGAAAUGCUCUUCGACGUUUCCGUCUGCGACAAUGAAGGAGUGAAAAAUACCUGGAUAUUCUCUCCCAGGUUGAACAAAGUUUUUGUGGAAGUAAACAGGCAAAUUCCGCUGGACUUCAAGGUGGAAAACCCAACUGGACAGCGCCUAUUCGUUCGCGCAACUCUUCAAUAUUCCUCUCAGGAAUUUGCAGCUGAUCCCGUGAUCAGAUGCCACCAACACCGCGUUGAGGACAAAUCGAAUAGAAAUAUCGAAACCCAUGUCAGAAGACACGUCCUGCGCUGCGGCAACCAAAAUGCAAUUUACAUCGGCAAUGAGGCAGGAGAAAGACCAAGUUUUAUAUUCCCGCUUGCGGUUCCCCAAGCCGGCAGUCACAGCGUUCGCGAAUUGAUCCAAUUUGUCUGUAAAAGCUCUUGCUAUCCACCGGGAAUGAACCGGAAGCAAGUCGACAUCAUCUUCACGUUGGAGAAUAGUCAAUCGGAAGUACUCGGACGCAAAUCGAUUAAGGCAAAAGUGUGCGCCUGUCCUAAGAGAGAUAAGGAUAAAGAAGAGAAACCAUCGCUGGACAAGGUGCGGCUAAAGCGAAGAAGAGCGGAAGAGCCGGCGGACGGUCAGUCGGAGACUAGAAAUGAGCCCCUUACGGAAUUCGAUUUGAAGGUUCGAUGUUAUAGUAAACCCGUGAUCCAGAAGAUCGUGCAAAACAUCAUUGAUGUGUACAGGUCUCAGAUGCAUGAACUGCGCGACAAUCCGUUCGAAUACGGCAGGGUCGAAAAGGUUCACACCGAUAUGUUGAAAGUGCAAAAAGAUCUAUUCAAAUGAAACACUGGACGCUGUCUUCUACUGCCAUACCUACUUAUUUUAUUUUAUAUCAUUUUUAUAUCAAUAAAUAAAUCUAAAAACAAA